UCCACGCCCAUUUUUAUUUAGUCAACACUGCACAAUUUAUUUUUUUUGCUUUUAAGAGAUUGGAUUCAACAAUAUUCAGAACACCAUACAACUUACUUUUCCUUUCACAGUCCUUUAAUUUCCUGCGUUACUGCAAUUUAGUUAUUGUAGUGCUUUUCUUCAAGAUCAUCCAUCUUUGUCAGUGAUUUCAUUCUCUCUUCUCCAAACCAUGUCUGCAAUACUUGAUCCAAACUUGCGUUGCAGGGACCUCUCGCUCCACAUGCCCAACACCACGCUUAGCAAAUUAGCCAAAAAGAGAUGGCACAGGGCUCUUGCCACCAUCUAUUGCUCAAGGGCCUUGUUCUCUAUUGCCAAAAUCAAGAGAGAUCAAUCAGACUCUUGCUUCUUCGAUAUUGAUCAGUCAAGCCUCACUCAACUUGUCAGGGAGAAAAUUUUGGGCAAUCUUGUUCAACUUGGGGGUGUUGAAGGUCUGGGUAAGAAUCUCAAAACUGAAGUGAAAAACGGGAUACACGGUGAUGCUGGAGAGAUUCAGCAUAGACAUAAAGCUUUUGGCACAAACACGUAUCACAAGCCGCCCACAAAAGGUUUCUUCCAUUUUUUGUGGGAAGCUAUGAAAGAUCCGACCAUGCUCAUCCUCUUCGUGUGUGCCCUGCUUUCCCUUGCUUUUGGCAUCAAAGAUCAUGGGCCGAAAGAAGGAUGGUAUGACGGUGGUAGUAUAAUUGUGGCCAUCUUUCUUGUCAUCACUAUCUCAGCUGUAUGUAACUUCAAACAAAAUAGACAAAUCCACAAGUUGUCACAGGUCAGCCACAACAUCAAAGUAGAAGUAGUGAGGAGCGGGUGGCCCCAACAGAUCCCAAUAUUUGAAAUUGUUGUUGGAGAUAUUGUUUGUUUGAAGAGUGGAGAUCAAAUUCCUGCAGAUGGAUUGUUCAUAGAUGGGCAUUCAUUGCAGGUGGAUGAAUCGAGCAUGACAGGGGAAAGUGAACAUGUGGAAGUCAAUCGCGAUCAGAACCCCUUCUUGAUCUCUGGCACCAAGGUGGUUGAUGGGUAUGCUCGAAUGCUUGUCACUGCAGUUGGAAUGAACACAAAGUGGGGCGUGAAGAUGAGCAAAAUCAGCCCUGUUUUUUAUGAGCAAACACCAUUACAAGCUCGGCUAAAGAAGCUAACCUUCUCUAUAGCUAAGGUUGCUUUGCCAGUCGCUUUCCUCGUUCUCGUGGUGCGGUUGGUUCGGUGCUUCACUGGAAAUACAAAAGAUAAGAAUGAGAAUAGAGAGUCUAAUGAUAGCAAAACUAUAGCGGGUGAUAAGAUCAAUGAUGCGGUGGGGAUUAUCAGUGCCUACUUACCAAGAAAAAAAGGAAUUAUGGUUACGGCAAUCACUGCAGGUGUUGUUUCUAUUCCUGAAUUGAUUCCACUGGCAGCAAUUCUUACUCUUGCUUAUGCAAUGAAGAGAAUGAUGGCUGAUCAGGCUAUGGUUCAAAACCCUUCAGCCUUUGAGAAUAUGGGCUCUGCCACUGUCAUAUGUACAAAUAAGACAGGAACCAUCACGUUGAACCAGAUGAAGGUGACAAAGUUUUGGCCAGGCCAAGAAUUGAUAGAAGAUGAGAGUUCCACCUCAAUUGCAGCCAAUGUUCUGCAAUUGCUCCACCAAGGAGUUGGUCUGAACACUACUGGCACUGUUUACAAGCUCGCUUCAGGCGCUGAAUUCGAAUUUUCUGGUAGCCCCACAGAGAAAGCAAUUCUUUCUUGGGCUGUCCAUGAAUUAAAAAUGAAUAUGGAUGAAGUGAAGCAGAGCUGUAUUGCUCUCCAUGUUGAACCCUUCAAUUCAGAAAGGAAACGAAGUGGUGUGUUAAUGAGCAAAAAGGCCGACAACACAAUCAAUGUGCACUGGAAAGGAGCUGCAGAGAUGAUAUUGGCAAUGUGCUCACAUUUCUAUGAUCCCUUGGGAAACAUCAAACCUCUAGAUGAUGUUGAAAGGAGGAAAUUUGAUAGAAAAAUUGAAGGUAUGGCUGCUAGCAGUCUGCAAUGCAUUGCUUUUGCACAGAAAGAAAUUCAUGCAGAAGAGCAUGAAGAUGGAAAUGCACACCAAAAGUUGAAAGAAAAUGAUCUGAUCUUAUUGGGGCUUGUAGGAAUAAAGGAUUCCUGUCGACCUGGUGUGAAGAAAGCUGUAGAAGAUUGUCAGUCUGCUCAAGUGAAUUUAAAAAUGAUCACCGGCGACAAUAUUUUCACCGCAAAAGCAAUAGCUACCGAAUGCGGGAUACUUGGGCCUAACCAGGAAAUGGAAGGUGCAGUGGUGGAAGGUGUUGAAUUCCGGAAUUACACACCAGAGGAGCGCAAGGAGAAAGUUGAUAAAAUAUGUGUUAUGGCUAGAUCCACUCCCUCUGAUAAACUACUAAUGGUGCAAUGCUUGAAACAGAGAGGCCAUGUGGUUGCAGUUACAGGUGAUGGCACAAAUGAUGCACCCGCAUUGAAGGAAGCGAAUAUUGGUCUUUCUAUGGGGAUUCAGGGAACUGAAGUGGCCAAACAGAGCUCGGACAUUGUCAUUUUGGAUGAUAAUUUUGUUUCAGUAACCAAUGUUUUGAGGUGGGGAAGGUGUGUUCAUAACAAUAUCCAUAAAUUCAUUCAGCUCCAGCUCACAGUGAAUAUUGCCGCACUUUUCAUUAACUUUGUGGCAGCAGUUUCAGUUGGUGAAGUUCCUUUAACAGUAGUUCAACUGCUAUGGGUAAAUUUGAUUAUGGACACAUUGGGUGCUCUCGCUCUUGCCACAGAGCAGCCCACCAAGGAGCUCAUGGAAAAGCCACCUGUAGGUCAAACUGAACCCCUUAUCACCAACAUAGUGUGGAGGAACCUAUUAGCUCAAGCUUUGUAUCAAAUAGCCGUCGUCUUGAUCUUACAAUUCAGGGGUGAAUCAAUCUUCAGGGUGAACAAGAAGGUAAAUGACACUCUAAUCUUCAAUACUUUUGUGCUUUGCCAAAUUUUCAAUGAAUUCAAUUCAAGAAAGCUUGAGAAGAAGAAUGUCUUUGAGGGGAUACACAAGAACAAACUGUUUUUAGUGAUCAUUUGGAUUACCAUAGUUCUUCAGGCGGUGAUGGUGGAAGCUCUGAAGAUGUUUGCAGGUACAGAGAGGUUGGAUUGGGGCCAAUGGGGCGCAUGUACAGGAAUUGCUUUCAUUUCAUGGCCAAUUGGUUGGCUUGUCAAGUUCAUACCUGUUCCGGAGAAACCGUUAUUCAGUUACCUCAAGUGGCAGAACUAAUGCGUCAAAGUUGAUAAUUAGUUAUGUAUUGUGUCAUAUAUUUAGUUUGUUCUUUGAUUUGUGUAUUUGGUUUGUUCUUUGAUUUAAUGCAAAGCAGUGUUUUCAGGGGUUAUUUAAUUUGCUUAACAGGCACAAGACUGCUCAGUUCAUGCCUUCAAAAUGGUGAAGCUAACAGUAACCCAAAGCAAUGUUUGUUUUCUUAAACUAGGUACCAGACAUAGCGAAACGUGUAGAACUAGAAACGGGCCAACAAACAUCUUUACAUGUUCUAAGAAUAGUACAUCUAAAGGAACAAGGUAAGGAAUGUUGAAGAACACUUCGGGAAUGUAACUAA